GUAAUCGGCCUGAGUUCAUAGGUUAAGGGUAGCAAGGUAAGGAAAAAAUGGUAACCGGCACUAUGAGGUUGUGAGUAAACGACAGCCAUGAUUACAGCUCAUUGAAAUGGCUCGCAUCAAAGAUCGGAUUUAAUCACCACACCGCAGACCUAAGUCGUCUGUGGCUCCGACGCCGUGUGUGACCGAAACCCACGGAGAACCGCGAGGAAGGCGCGUCGGCUCAAUGGCGCUGGUCUACGAACUAGUUUGGCGUAUGUUGCACGUCCUCCUCCACAUCCACAGGACGCUGGUUACUUCGCUUCGCGUUUUACUCAGGAACUGGAACGGACAGACGUGGAGGCGGGCGGUGGCCGCGCUCCUCACGCCUGCCAGCCUCGCGGGGUUCCCCGACAGCCAGAAGAAGCUGGUCCUGGAGAUCAGCAAGCGAGCUCGCGGUCGCUGCUCGCGCCCGAGCGGGUGUCUCGUGGAGAAGCUCCCGGUUCACGUCGGUCUGUUGAUCGUGGAGGAGCAGCCGAGCUAUACCGAUAUCGCCAAUCUGGUGGUCUGGUGUAUGGCGGUCGGUAUCUCGUACGUCAGCGUAUAUGAUAAUCAUGGUGUAUUUCGGAAGAACGACACUCUGCUCCUUGAGAAGAUAGUGAGGCAGCAAGACCUGCUAGGUCUGGAAGACUCUAAAUACAAUGUUGAAUUCCUUAGCAAUGGGAAUACCGUGCACCAAGACCAGAUUGUUUCCGGCCAGCCGGUCGUGAAAGUCCUGUCCCCAGAGGAUGGGAAGCAUAGCAUUGUUGAAGCAGCCCGGCGCUUUUGUCGCACCGUGGAACAGAAAGAGAAGACGUCUAAAGAUAUUGACGUCCCCAUGUUUGAUGCCCUGCUACGAGAAUCAAAGAACAUCCCAGACCCGGAGCUGGUUAUGAAGUUCGGCCCAGUGGACAGCACCCUGGGCUUUCUCCCGUGGCACAUCCGACUCACUGAAUUUGUCUCCCUGCCCUCUCACGUCGAUGUCUCCUAUGAGGACUUUUUGGUCGCACUACAACGGUACUCCACCUGUGAACAGCGGCAAGGCAAGUGAUGGGAGACGCAGCCUGCCCCCCCGCCGUCAGAGAACACGUGGCCAGAGGGAGGUGGACUGGGUGGGGCGCCUCACCGGGAUGCCCCCAUCGUUUCUCGCCUCCUGUGCUCCAUACCCUUCAUUGCCUUCCAUCGUGGGGGAAAACGUACACUUCAGCGGAUUGAGACGAGUAGCCAAACAAGUGUUUUCAUACAUCAUCUCCCCCCUUCCAUAAACUUGAGAUUUUUUUGUGAUUUUUAUUCAAAGCUUUCAAGAAGAUCACUAUGCAUUAAAGAAAUUAAUAAUGCAAAGUU